AUGUGGGAAUAGCCUUUUAAAAGAGAAAGAUGUUUAGAAAAAGUCGGAACCUAAAAUAUAUAUUAAGUCUUGUACCUGGAAAAAGACAAUUUGGGACAUACAGAUUUUUGCCCUUGUUCUUUUGUAUUGGAGGGGUCAUGGAGUGGAUCAUGAUUAACGUGAGGAUAGGAAGAGAAACAUUUUAUGACGUCUACAGAAGAAAGCAAUCGGAGAGGGAAUAUCAACAGAAAAUUGACAAGGGCUUGACUGUCCUUACUGAGUCUGAAACCAAAUGACAACAAGGGACAUAAUCAGAAAACACUGGAAAAGAUGAAGAGACUGACUCAAAUACCCAUUUGAGACCUGCUGUUGUGGUCAAAUUAUGAGUAACAUUUAUAUUUAUUCUAAUAUUAAUGUUGUUAUACAAACACACUUGUAAUUCUGUAAAAUGGUGAUACUGGAAAAUUAUACAUCAAUUCCAAGGCAUUUCUGAAAUGGACUGCAUCAUAAUUGGAGCAGAUGAAUAGGGACUGUGAAUGCAUGUAUUCAUAAAGAAAGUGCCAGCUUUCCUAUUCUCUAAAUGAGAUUGGCAAUAAAAAUGACUGUUUGUCUGUU